AUGUCUCAAACUCCAUCCAAUUCAGAAAUCAAAAGGGCUUUAGAAGCAAGCCCCGAGACUAACAUUGAAAAUGACACCCCGGAGGCACCCCGACCCAGCAAUUACCUAAUUCUUACAAUAUUUGCCUGUUUCUGCCCUGCAUACCCAAUAAACAUUGUGGCAUUUGUGUUCUCUAUAAUGGCCUUAAACAGCUAUAAUGAUGGGGACAUAGAAGGAUCAAGAAGACUGGGACGAAAUGCUCUUUAUGUAUCAAUAGCAUCAAUCAUCAUUGGACUUCUGGUCAUUGCAACAUAUUGCACUGUUCAUUUCACAACGCAUUCAGUCUGAGCCCUGGGAAGAAGCUGAGCGAAGUAUUUACAAGAACACUGACCACACUCUCAAGAUCUGCAGAAAGGAAAGAGGCCCAUUUUGGCAGAUAUAAAAAUCUUGAGUUACUAAACAUG